AUGGCUAAAGAAACGAAACUUUAUGAGACUUUAAACGUCGACCCUUCUGCUUCUCCCAACGAUUUGAAGAAAGCCUAUCGUAAAUUGGCCUUAAAGUAUCACCCUGACAAGAACCCCAAUGCCGGUGAUAAAUUUAAGGAAAUUAGCCGUGCUUAUGAAAUUCUCUCGGAUGAGGAAAGACGUUCCACCUACGAUCGUUUCGGCGAAGAAGGAUUACAAGGUGGUGGUGCUGGUGACGGUAUGUCUGCUGACGACUUGUUUGCUUCCUUCUUUGGCGGCGGCAUGGGUGGCAUGGGUGGCAUGUUCGGUGGUGGCAUGCCCCGUGGCCCUCGUAAGGGUAAAGAUUUGGUUCACACCAUCAAGGUCACCCUUGAAGAUCUUUACCGCGGUAAGACUUCCAAGCUUGCUUUACAAAAGAAGGUCAUUUGCUCCAAGUGCAGUGGCCGUGGUGGUAAGGAAGGUGCUGUCCGUACUUGCCAAUCUUGUAGCGGUUCUGGUGUCAAGUUCAUCACCCGUGCCAUGGGUCCUAUGAUCCAACGCAUGCAAAUGACCUGUCCCGAUUGUGACGGUGAAGGUGAAUCUAUCCGUAGUGAAGACCGCUGCAAGGAGUGCAAUGGUGCCAAGGUUUCCUCUCAACGUAAGAUCCUUACCGUUAACGUCGAAAAGGGUAUGCACAACGGUCAAAAGAUUGUUUUCAAGGAAGAAGGUGAACAAGCUCCUGGCAUCAUCCCCGGUGAUGUUAUCUUCGUCGUCGACGUUAAGGAACAUCCUAGAUUCAAGCGUAAUGGUGAUCACCUAUUUUAUGAAGCCCAUGUAGACUUGCUUUCUGCUUUGGCCGGUGGUCAAAUUGUCAUCGAGCAUUUGGACGACCGUUAUUUGACUGUCCCCAUCAUCCCUGGUGAGUGUAUUCGUCCCAACGAACUCAAGGUUAUCACCGGUCAAGGUAUGCUUUCUCAACGUCACCACCAACCCGGUAACCUCUACGUUCGUUUCACCGUUGAUUUCCCUGAACCCAAUUUUGCUUCUGAAGAAAAGCUUUCUCUCCUUGAACAAGUCUUACCUCCUCGUAAGGUUGAAAAGGCUCCCAAGAAGGCUGUUACUGAAGAAUGUGUUCUUGGUAACGUUGAUCCUACUGAGUCCGUUCGCAUUGAUAACAAUGUCAACCCUACUACUGCUACCGCUAUGGACGAGGAAGAGGAGGAAGAUGAUGGUGGACAUCCCGGUGUUCAAUGUGCUCAACAGUAA